GUAAAACGGAAGUAAAUGAAAAACAAAAACAAAAAAUGGCAAGCGCAGUUCAAAGUGUGGAUGACCUUGUCAUGUGCCUAGUGAGUAUGGGAUUUGGCUUAGAAGAUUCACAACAGGCUGUCCAAGCUGGGAAACUUUCUGUAGAAGAAGCUAUAGAAUGGAUUCUUCAAGGCAAACCAGGGUUAGCUCAAGCCUCUCUCACCUUGAGAAAGGAACAACGAGGUGAAGAUGUUGGAGCCAAUCCAUUUGCAAACCCUCAGCCACUAAACUUACCCUCCUCUGCCCCUGUGACCUCCCAAGGUUCUCCCACGCCUCCCCCGGGGCCUGAGGAAGACAGGGUGACCAGCAGAAUGUCAAUGAAUGACAAACAAAGACAGAUCAAGGAAAGAUUCCAUGCUAAAGAACGAGAAGAAGCAAGGAAAAGUGCAAUAGAAAAUAAGAAAUUAGAAAAGAAGGCUAAGGCAGAAGCCCUGAAACAAAUAGAAGAAGAUCGGGAGAGAAGAAAAAUGCGAACCAGCAUAAAACAUGAAACAACAGCUAGCCACACAGCACCAGCGGAGCCACCCAACACUGCAGCAGCGGAGCUAACUUCUAAAGAAAAUAACAAAGAUGUCAAGUCUGAAAAGUGUAUCUUACAGAUCCGUCUACCUACUGGCCAAGCUUUGAGGCAUAACUUUACAGCAGACACACUCCUGUCAGAGGUGUGGAACUUUGUCAAGGGAAAGUUAGACAAUGUGGAUGAUUUGUGUCUAAUACAGCCAUUCCCAAGGCAGGAAUAUGGUGAGAUACAUAUGUGUGAGACACUACGUGACCUUGGGUUGACCCCUAGUGGCUCUCUCGUUGUCAAGAAAGCAGACUCGUCACCUCCAAAGAAAAUUGUUCCAGCUGAUAGUCCAAAACAACAAAAUACUGAAACUCAAGAUUCAGCAGCAGCAGUAGAUGCAGACCCGCCUUUGAAUAAUGCAGUUCCUCUGGGCCAUAACCAGGUGUCUCCACCUACACAAGGGCAUUCCUGGGGUGCUGGUAACCAGCUAGAGGUAGAAGAGGGUGUAGCACCACCACCUGAUCAAGAUGUAGAAAUGGCAGAUGAUAGUGGAGAUGAUGAAGUUGGAGGUGGAAACAUGCCCCCUGGAUUUGGAGGUGGAGGAAUGGGAGGGGGAUUAGGAGGAAUGGGAGGGGGGUUAGGAGGAAUGGGAGGGGGAUUAGGAGGAAUGGGAGGAGGAUUAGGAGGAAUGGGAGGAGGAUUAGGAGGAAUGGGAGGGGGGUUAGGAGGAAUGGGAGGGGGGUUAGGAGGAAUGGGUGGGGGAUUAGGAGAUAUGGGAGGAGGACACCAAGGCCAGGAUUGGGGAGAGGGUAAUCGACUUGUCCCAGAAAACCAUAAUUCACAACUUGACUUACCAGCCCAACAACUUGCAGCUGAAGCUGCCAGGCGUCGUUAUGCAGGUCCCUCAAGCCAGCCUAUUUCCCCUCAUCUCACCCUGACGUACAAUGUUACAAGUUUGACCAACAUGAUCAUUAAGCAAGUGUCCACUAGGAUUUGUGACGGCAGGAAUCCACUCACAACACUCAGUGGUCUACCAUCAGAUGUCGCCACUAGGAUUCUUGAGCAUCUCAUCAAGGAAAAAAUUUUACGUCCAAAAACGUUACAUCCAUUUGUUACAUGCCACUUACAGAAGUUAAUACUAGACUGCUAUCCCUACACAACCAAUGAAUUAAUAGCUGCCAUUAGCCUCCAUAAGAAUCUGCAGCAUCUGAGUAUGUGCUUCUGUCCGCUCAUAACAGAUAGGGGCCUUCAGCCACUAGCAGCAUUAAAGAGAUUGAAAGUAUUGAACCUUGGAUCCUGUAAUAACCUCACCAACAAUUGUCUUCCUGUUAUUGCAAAUUACCCUAGUCUAGUCACUCUGGUCCUGGAAGAGACACAUGUCAAUGACCAGGGAAUCCAGGAAUACUGCCAAACUAAACCAGAAAAUCUGCAACACCUUAACCUCUGUAGGACUCCUGUAACACAUAAGUCUUUGCAGUAUUUGGCAGAUUUGCCAAGACUAAGAACACUAAACCUGGAACAAACUAAAGUGUGUAGUCUGACCGGUAUUGAUAAAUUAGAAAGUCUGGAAGGUUUGAACAUAUCUGGGACUGCAAUAGUAACAGAGUCUCUGAUGUGUCUACUAGGAUGUUCCAAACUUAUCUCCCUCAAUAUCCCUAACACUGAGAAUGUCACAGGUGACCUAGCAUUGCAGUAUAUUUCAGGUGUUAAACUCCAAUCUCUUGGACUUCCUAGCAGGCUCUCCACUACAGACACUGGGAUAUCUCACCUUAAAGAUAUGCCUUUACAGUCUUUAGAUCUCACAAACUACAUCAAUGUUACCAGCUCUAGUAUGCAAUAUGUUGGACAGAUACACAGUUUAAAAAAGCUUCUUCUUGGGAAUACCAAGAUCACUGAUGAAGGACUACUCAUGCUAGCUGGUCUGACAAACCUUACUGUGCUCUCCCUUGACAGAACAGCCAUCACUGAUGCCGGGGCCACCAUAAUACAAGGAUUGACACAGCUUCAAGAGUUAAGCAUGUCGGAAACUGGAGUGAGCAGUGACUUCCUAUGCAAUGGUGUUCUUAAUAACUGCCUGUUACUCUCCAAACUUAACCUCAGUAGAACUGCAGUAUCAAACAGAGGUGUGAGGCACAUCCAUCUGCCUCAUCUCUCUCUGAUCAACCUGGAUGGAACUCGGGUGAAGAGCAACAUCCAGCAUCUCAUCACUGAGUGUCCACAGCUUGUUAGAGUCAGUGUUAAAAAUCUUCAACCCAGAGGUCAAGAUUCAGAUUCUGAAUGAAUAUGAUUUUUGGAAUGUGAGGUGACAGGUCAAAUAUUAUUCAGGGCUGAAAACCUCCUUUAAUUAGUCUUGAAACAUUAUUGGGUUUUAGGGGGUGAUAAUAUAAUACAACUUCCUUUUAAUUUGCAGAUUACAUCUAAGAAAAUAAGAGAUGUAAUUGAUUUUUGUAAUGGUUACGAAGUGAAAUGUUGAGGGUGGUCAUAGUUGAAAGGAAAAUCAGUUUUGUUUUUACACCCAACUCAAAAGACCGCUCAGACUCCAUUUCCCUCAUUUAAUAGUUUAGUUAAGAAUCUGAAAUUGAACUCUUGAUCUGCUCCCUUAGUUCCAUGUGGUUUCUAUCAGGUGAAUUAUUGUACAAUGCAUUAGAAUACAAUGCAAUAUAUUGAAUAUAACACUGUACAUUUGGAUGCAAUACAAUACAAUACAUUAGAAUACAAUUUCAUACAUUGAAUACUGUAUUUAGUACUGUACAUGCACAAUACAAUACAAUAAGUUGUAUAUAAUAUACGGAAAUCAAUAUUUGAAUUUGUUGAUACAAUAAUGAAAAGUUGGAGAUUUAUCUAGAACAAGUAUGUUUAUGCGUUUAAAAUUGCAUUUGAAUAGAAAUCUUCCAUUGAAAAUUGUAUCCAUUAGUUUGUGAUUUGAAGACUCUAUGCCAGUAGUUAUCCUCUCCACAGUGUUGCCAUGUUGUUUUUGAACAUGCUCAUAUGGAUAAAGGGUUAACAUUAAAUGCAAUAAGGGAUUGAACGUCGAGGAGACAAAUUGCAUACAUUGUACAUUGUAGUCAUAGCCUCUUUAAUAGUACAUGUGCCAGUAAUUGAGUUUUUGGUCAAGUUUACUUGGCAGGUCAAAUGUCAAGUUUAGAAGGUGCAUUUUUAUUAAUACUCUCUAUAGACUUACUACUAUACUAUACUAUAAAGAACUUGAAUGUUACAUUGAUUCACAUGUCAAGGUCAAUAUAAUUAUGAAUAUUAUUUAUUGUUAUAUGAUUUAUACAAUAUUCUGUGUAGAACCAUGGACUUUCAACUAGAAUUGAAAGAACUAAGUUGGGAGAAUUGCGACUCUUACAUGUAUUCACAUGGUUCUUCAUGAUUACAGAACUUAAACAGAUUUCAUGGUUAUUUUACCUACAGCAUAUCAGCCAUCAGUCUAGUUUU